CUAUGCACACCCCGGGACGUGUGCUGUAGACGUGCCUCUGUGCUCAGUCCGUUUGUAUGGUCACAGAGCAGCAGAACUAUCACCAUGAAAAUCAAGAAGGACGCAGAAGAGACACCUGUGGUCAUCGCCACGCGAUUCACUGAGGACAAUUCAUCUUCUGGGAGGUCAAAGAAUGGCUACGCUUUUCAAGAAAUGGAACUCAAGGAUGGGGAGAAGGAGGAGGGGCACAUUUAUGACACUACAGUUAGUACUACAGACACCGAAGGGCCCGGAUUUGGACUUUUAAAUACAACCAGAAAAUAUGUGAAGCCAAUGAACUUCCAGGAGGAGGUACGAGCUCACAGAGACCUGGACGGCUUCCUGGCCCAGGCUAGCAUCCUCUUGGACGAGAAGGCUGCCACUCUGGACGAGGUGCUGCGGAGGAUGUUGACCAAUUUGGUGCAAGAGGGACACGGGAGCUGUGACGCCGAAGAGGUCAUGAACACGCUGUUCACAGACGCAGGGGGACAGGACUGUGAUGUGCACCUUCUAACAGAGACCAUUCAGGGAGUAACAGCGAAUUCCACUGGGGUUCACUAUCAGCAAUCAUGGCUCUGUAUCCUCUCGACAGUGAGGAGUCUGCAGAGGCGCCAUGUCUGUAUCACUCGCUUAGAACGGCCUCAGAACUGGGGGGUGAACUGCUGCGAGGCUCGAUACGUCGUCCUAAUCCUCGCCCCUCCCAGAACGAAAAGCACAAAGACAGCGAUUGAACUCGGUAGAACAUUUGCGACGAUGUUCUCGGACAUCUCCUUCAGACAGAAGCUUUUGGAGGCCAGGACGCAGGACGAGUUCAAGCAGGAGCUGGUCCUCCAACGGAAGCAGCUCUCCAUGGUGACAGAGAAGCCCGUGAUCGAGGAAGUUGUGGAUUCUGAUCCCCGGAGAGCCAAAGACCUACAGUGCACGGACUUCUUCAAAGCCGGUAAAGGUGUUUAUGAAGACCUCCGUCGCAGAUUGCCACUCUACCCAUCAGACUUCACAGAUGGAAUUACUGGUAACGAUCGCUCAUUACUGAAGUACACCACCACAGCCAUUUUCCUCUAUAUCGCCAUUCUGCUCCCAAACAUAGCUUUUGGCUCUUUGAAUGAUGAAAGUACAAGAGGUGAAAUUGAUGUUCAGAAGACAAUAGUCGGCCAGAGCAUUGGUGGAGUUAUAUAUGCGUUGUUUGCUGGCUCUCCGCUCGUCAUCCCACUGACUACAGCACCGCUUGCAAUCUUCAUUAGUGUGAUCCGUGGCAUCUGUGAUGACUAUAACCUGGACUUUGAUGCCUUUUACGCCUGCAUUGGUUUAUGGAACAGUCUAUUCCUUAUCCUCGGGGGUCUGUUCAAUGUCAGUCUGCUGAUGAAGCUCUUCAAACGCUCCACGGAAGAAGUCAUUGCUUUGUUCAUCUCCAUAGCAUUUGUCGUCGACGCGGUAAAAGGCACAGUCAAAAUUUUCAACCACUACUACUACGGACCUACCCUUGUUACUUCCAACAGUACAGUGGUCCUCCAGCAGAUCACUGAGAUUCUGGAGCAGGCGAACAAUCAGACUGGAGACUCAAACCUUCUCCUUCUGCCGGAGUCUCUGGUCAUGUGCACCAGAGAGCGACCCAUCCUGUGUCUGCUACUCAUGCUCGGGACGCUGUGGCUCGGAUACGCCCUCUAUCUGAUCAAGAGAAGCCCGUAUCUGAAUGCCAAAGUGCGGGAAGUGGUGUCGGAUUGCGCUCUGCCCAUAUCGGUCGUUAUUUUCUCAUUCAUUGGUUCCUACCUGUUUAUUGACAUUCAGCUUCCUCAGUUUAGCGUCCACAAUGGUCCGAUCUUCAACUACCCUCCGUUUGACAGGCUGACUGGAAUGAACACGCUUAGUGCAGUGGGGCUUGGAUUCUUACUCGCUUUGCUCAUCUUCAUCGAUCAGAACAUCGUUAUUUCGCUCACACAUGUACCUGAACACAAGCUGCUAAAGGGCACCACAUUCCACUGGGACUUAGUGCUGACCGGUCUCAUCAACAUCCUCAUGUCCUGCCUGGGGUUGCCAUGGAUGCACGCCGCUUUCCCACACUCCUCGCUGCACGCUCGUCAGCUGGCCAAAGUGGAGCAGCAUGUAGAGAACGGACACGUCUAUUCUACCAUUGUGAGUGUGAAGGAGACUCGGCUAACAGCGCUGGUAGCUAACAUCCUGAUCGGCGUGUCGGCCUUCAUGCUGCCCAUUCCCCUGCAGUGGAUCCCCAAGCCUGUACUCUACGGCCUCUUCCUCUACAUCGCUGCCACUUCACUUGAUGGGAACCAGAUGGUGGACCGCAUGGCCCUACUGCUGAAGGAGCAGACGUCAUACCCUCCCACCCACUACAUCCGUCGGGUCCCUCAGAGGAAAGUGCACUACUUCACUGGGGUGCAGAUGAUUCAGCUGAUAAUCCUGUGUGGGUUCGGCAUGUAUCCUCUGCCCUAUAUGAAGAUGGUGUUUCCUCUUCUCAUGAUCCUGCUCGUUCCUGUCAGGACAAGUCUGCUUCCGAGAUUAAUCGACGCCAAAUAUCUGGAUAUCAUGGACGCCCAGCACAUGUAGACAAGGGUGAUGAAGAAAAAAAAUGGACUGCAGUGUUACCCCAUGAGGAGCUUGUUCGGUCUUUGUCUACCAGUGCAACAUUCCUGUAUUUUUUAUUACUACUUUUAUGCACAAGAAAUUUCAAAAUUCCAUAGCAUUUUGAGUAAUUUUUGCAUAUUGUUAAGUCUAAGUUCAUCAAAAGUCUUACAAUGUACUUAGUCAGGGUCAGGGUAAGAA